ACCAACGCACACGCACGUGUCACGCCGUACUACCAACUGCAUCGCCGGGGGCUGCGCUAUCCGCUUCCUCAGGCUUUCCUUCUCGACGCUCGCUACGACCUUCAACGAUCCCGUACCACUUUCUGUCUGCUUUCUCGACGACUAGCCUGGCGUUUAUUUGGAUUUUGAUACCCGACACGACGUCACAAUGGCCACAGGCUUCGCUGGCUCUUUCUGGUCCAGCGACUAUGCGGGUGGGCUGGGAGUGCUUUUCGGAAAGCUCCAGCAAGGCGUCCAGGAAAACCAGCAGAUACUCACCGUGGCUCGCAUGCGAGCGGAUGCCGAAGAGCAGUAUGGGAACAGCCUGGCCGCCAUCUCACCUGCCACAGAGCGCAUAGGCGGGGGCUUCACUAGGGAUGAGGGCGCAAGCGUGCGCAAGGCCUACGAAGGCGUGCGCACCGAGAUGGAAGCAGCGGCCUCAAACCACCACAAGAUCGCGUCCAACAUCCGAGAGCUCGUUGUGAAUCCCUUCGGCCGCUGGUGCGAAGCGCAUGCUGCCCGCGUUCAGAACUCGCAGGACGACCUCCAAUCUCGGAUCAAGAUCCACGACCGACAGGCUGACGCUGUUCGCAAGUUCCGAUCGCAGUACUACAACAAGUGUAGAUUAGUGGAAGAUCUUGAAGAGGAGGACAAGCUCGCUUUCCAGGAUCCGCAGAGCGAAGCGGCGCAGAGCCCGAAGAUGAAGGUGCCCACGAUCAAGAUGUCGGAGCCUGACGAGAACGAGGAGGAGCCCAUUGACCUCGGUGACGAGACAUACCAGCCUGACCAGGUCAAGAAGAUUCUGACGCAUAUGUUGGACAACAUCAAGCUCGCCGAGGUCAAGGUGCCCAUUCUAGGAACGUACCAGAACUGCUCGACCGGCGCGGAUAUCACGGACUACAUCCAGAAACACAUGGCAGCUACCAGCGUCAGCUACGCAGAAAGAAUUGGCCAGGAUAUGAUCGCGAAUGGCUUCCUCCGCCUCGUUGGAAACGUCGGCAAUACUUUCGCCAACAGCUCGAGGAUGAACUACCAGUGGAAACCCAAGGUCUUCCAGAUGACGGGAAUCCCAGAGAAGAAGAAGCCGUUGGACCGCGUGUCCUCCACUAUGUCCAAUGAUAGCUUCAGCGUUGACUCCCCUGUAGGGACCGUGCAAGAGUACCUCUCAGGGUGGAACCCGCUCAACAACCCCUAUCCCAACGAGACGCCCGCGGAGAAGCUCCGACGAGAAGCGCGCGAAGCAGACGAGCGUUACAAGCAAUCGGUGAAGAAGCUUGACUCGUUGCGCUGCAACCUGGAAGAAGCCAUGGUCGACCACUUGAAGUUCAUGGAGCGAUGCGAGCUCGACAGGCUGAAGGCUAUCAAAGCUGUGAUUCUGGACUUCUCCGGCGCCAUCAGCAACGUCAUUCCGAGUCUGCAGAGUACAGUCGAUAAGAUGAUGCUCUUCCAGGAGACCGUUCAGCCACUGGGCGACUUGAGGUACAUGCUCGAGAACUACAGGACCGGUCCGUUUGUUCCGAGAGUUACGACGUAUGAGAACUAUUACAACUCUGUUGAUGAACAAACCUUUGGCGUGGAUUUAGAGGCACGAGCAAGGUCUGACCGCAAGCGCGUCCCGCUCUUGGUCACCACAAUCCUCACAUUCCUCGAUAAUCACUACCCUGACUUGGAAGGUGAUGAAGCCCGCCGCGGUAUUUGGCUCGUCGAUGUUCCUCUGGCGCAGACACAUAAUCUGCGAGCUUCUAUCAACACUGGCAAGACAUUCCCGCACGAAAUUCUCGAGAAGUACGACAUACCCAUUGUUGCCAGCGUCUUGAAGCUCUACCUGCUCGAAUUACCUGACUCUCUUGUCUCCUCUCACGUCUACGAGAUUGUCAAGACGAUCUACAGCACCACGGCCACCGACGCUUCUGAAGAGACCCGCAUCUCGGUCAUCCAGUCUACGCUUGGUCAGCUUCGACUCGCCAAUAUUGCCACCCUUGACGCCAUCUGUACUCACUUCACUCGCCUGAUCGAGCUGACGUCGGCUGAUGAAGCCUAUGUGAUGGCUCUUGCAAAUGCUCUCUCGCCUUGCAUCCUGCGGCCGAGACAAGAGUCUAGCCUAACGAUGAAUGAGCGCUACAGUUACCGUCUGAUCCGAGACCUCUUUGCUCACAAGGAUGCUAUCUUCGGAGAAUUGAAGCGCGCCAGUGCUCUCACUCACUCGUCCUCCGGUGCGCAGCGCCCUCGCGCAAUAUCGACCGAUGAGAGCAAUCGACGCGCGAACUACGAAGAGCGUAACCGUGCCAUUGCUGCCCAACGUUCUCCUCGUGCCACGUCACCUGCUCCAGGACCUCGAGGGGAUGGAUCCCAUCGUCGUGACCGAAGCCGGACCAGGUUCCCGGUCAAUACGUCGUCUCCUACCGACACCCGAAGGACUGGGACGCGGAACUCACUUGAAGUACCAGGCAGCCUGGACAGCAGCCCGGUUGUUGAAGGAAACGGAACGAAUGGUUCGACUGAACCCCAGGAGCAUCCUGCGCCCUCCAGCACUCGUGUACCAUUGCCCAGGAAACACGCGGGAAGCUUGGCGAGGAGCAACAGGGACUCGACUGGUAGCCUGAGAGCAGAGGACGGCGCCCCGCGAGGCGUUCAGCUAGAAGACAGGCCUAUGAAUGAUUAGUAGCCAUCCUUGGGUCUGACUCUGGUUUCAGUAAUGUCAUAAUUUGGCGGGAAGGAAGGGUUUUGCGUGAGAGCACCACUCUCUUGCACAUUUGGUCAAGUAGGAUGAUGGCAGACAUAUAUGAACAUCAGGUGCAACAUUUGGAAGUGGAGCCUACCGAGACCAUGAUCUUGAGGGUGGCUACGAAGGGACAUUGGCAUUUUCUGGGACGGAUGAGUGCUGUAACAUACCUAGUGUAGACUUUGGUUCUUUUGUCUUUAUUAGCCGGAAAUGUGAUCACGAGCAUACAUUACCAAACAUCCAUGGAUUGCACCAUGGGGAUGAGAGCUGUUGCCGUACAUCAACCGUGGUACCUGAAC